AGUCGAGUCAUCCGGUUUGCGGGAGGGGCUCUCGCACGACUCUAUUUUUCCUCGAAGGGACUUAUUUUCAGUAUUACUGUUGUUACUGUAGUUGGCUCGCUUGAGAGAGAGCCCAGGACGAAUGAGCGAGUCGAGUUUGUUGUUAUCGAGGGCUUUGUUUUGGCGAUUGAACUGUUGGAUUUGAUGGGAGUUUAAAUAAUGAAAGAUUCGUAACGCGCACAGACCGAUUCGCGAUGCACAAUUCACGACGACGCCGAAGAGGAAAUCGUCAGGGGACUUUGAAACCCUCCCGAUUUUCCCUAUAGCCUUGCGACACACCGCGUGCAUAUAGGCGCGCACGGUGCAAAAGCUUCGGGCAAAUUCGGCUCCCUCCGGCGAAUAUCUUGCGCGCUCUUUCUCUCUCGCUCUUUUGCUUUGCUGGCUCCGCUCGUAGCUCUGGGUGCGAGCGUGCAGUGCGCCGCGCGACCAGUACACGGGGCGGCGUGGACGUAAACACGCCGUAAACGAAGAAGAGGAACAAGAGAAGGAAGAAAAAGGAGGAGGAAAAGAGACCGAGAGUAUUUGUUACGACGCCAUAUUGCUUUGCUCGAACUUAAACUCCUUUCUCGCUCUUCCGUCUGUUCGUCCGACGACCAGAAAGCAGGAAAAGAGAUAAAUAUUUGAUGCUCCGUUGCGAUCAAUCCGACAAAACAGAAUGUUUGAACGCUCGCCACGACUUAGAGGUCUGAGGCCUCGCACGCAACAACGUUCCCCUCAGGCGCCUGACUACAAAAAUGAAAUGUCUGAGAUAAACGAACCAGGAGAUAGCGUCAAUAGAAGUACCGAAGAUCAGGAUAGGGACGCAGACACUUCGGAAACUUUGAGCGACGACGAGCUUCACAUUGCCAUACGAGAUGAACAGGAUGAACCAGUGUCGGAUGAAAAAUCUGAAGUAGAUAAAAAUUAUGAGUGCAAGACCUGCAAAACCCCUGUGGGAUUCCCUACUCUUGUUGAAUACCUUCAACAUCUCAGAGACGAACACAAAGAAAAGGGUCGAAGUUACGAUUGUCCGCACUGCGAUUUCGUUUGCCAGCACCCGAAAAGUCUUCAGGAACAUUACAACUCGGAGCACAAGAACGUUGACGCUGAUGCACCCGCAUCCGAAGAGCCCACAUCCAAUCAAUGUACAAUGUGUCCUUAUGCCGCGACGAACGCCACCGAAUUGGAGACCCAUCAACGAGUCCAUCAUCUCAAGAGACGCUUUUUUCGCUGUACAAAAUGCACAUAUAUGACGCACGUUAGAGCACGCUACACGAAACACGUCAAGUAUCAUUCAAUGCCAAUGAUCAAAUGCGACGAUUGCGAUUUUCGUACACCUUACAAAUGGAAUUUGGAUAGGCAUACGCGGAAUCAUGGCGGAGGUGGAGCCUUUCAGUGCCGAGCUUGCAGUUUCACCGCUGAUAUUCGUCAAAGUCUCACCGUACACGAGACGAAUCAUCACGAACCGCCAGUCGGUGAAGCUCAUCGCAGAAUGAACACAUCUUUCGAUCGAAGGUUACGAACUGGACCGAAACGAUACAAUCAGGUAGGAGCUAGCGAUUUUCGAAAAAAUGAUCAGACGGAAGGUCCUGCGACAUUGACAGAUGAGAGUCCUGGUAAAUCGCCGAGCUCCGAUAUCGACGGUAACUCGAUAGAGGAUCGAAGAAACGCGAUUGCCGGAGCUGAAUGCAUUGCGUUAAAAUGCGAGGAGAAAGGUUGCCAAUUUAUUACAGCUUGGGAUUCGGAAAUGCAAAGACAUUUGGCUGAGUCGCACGCACCCUCGUUAUCGCCAAUAAAACGCCGUAAACCUAUGCCGAUGCUCAUUCCCUUGAGCCCUGAUAGCGAUUCAAGUGCAAAGAAAACUGUGACGAAUGGACCGCGUACGACGCCUCUUAAGGUACCGAGAGUACGCGUGAGACCAGAACUUGCACGUAUUGCACGAGAUACUGAAAUUGCCAAACUUUACAACAAUAGAGAGUCCGGCGGUGGAGGGAAGAAAGAAACUGGGGCUGCUGAUUUAUUUGAGAAAAGGAAUGCCUCGUUUUUCGACAAGCUGAAGGAAAGGUUGAUGACGACGAGUGCCAGCAUCACGGGUGUAUCGCAAGUGGCCGUAAGUAGCCAGAACGAUUUAAAGUGUUGGUGUACCUACAAAGCUAGUAGCCAAGAGGAAUUGGCGAGUCAUAGUCAGACCCAUCAUACAGCACUGAGUGUAUCAGUCGGUAUAUCGCGCUGCCCUAAGUGUAGAAGGCGUUGUAAGAGUUCCAACGAUCUUCAAAUGCACAUGAAUAUUUGUCAAACAACGAGCAAUGAUUUGACGACGGUCGAUAGUUGCCUGGAAAGUCCGGCAAAUAGUACCAAUUAUGAGGCCCAAUCGUACGGUGGUGAUUUUGAGUUUCCGUUUCAAGUGGACUGGGACGGGAGUUUUGGAGGACUGAAUUCUUCUGGAUCGUCGGUCGAGGGCCACACGAUCGGACGUCGGGUAUUCAAGUGUCCUCAUUGUCCAUUCUGGGCGUCAACGGCCAGCCGAUUUCACGUACACAUUGUGGGUCAUUUGAAUCGUAAACCGUUUGAAUGUUCGCUCUGCGCGUACAGAUCGAACUGGCGUUGGGAUAUUACAAAGCACAUCAAACUCAAGACUGCUAGAGAUCCGGCUCACUUGACCGCCAGGGUGCUUAUGACUGACGAAACUGGCCGACGUAAUUAUUCCAAAUACAACAAAUAUCUUGCUCAGGGUACCGAGGAAAUUGGAUUGGAAGAGGGUGUAGCUGGAGAAGCGCAAAUAGACGAGCCGCCGAAGAAAGUUUUGAUAACUGGUGAAAACCACGAUUUUUCUGGACCCCCGGAACUCACGCCAGCUCCCGGUGUCGCCGAAAACAUCGAAACCAAUUCGAUGAGCAUUUUGACAGCACUGAAUCUUCGGCCACCGCCUCCACUGAAGUCGGCGAGUAGAAGUCAAGGUCAAUCGUUGCUCAAGACGAAUCCAUCCGCGACAAACGCCGUUUCCAUUCUAUCAAACAAUCCACUGUCCUCGAUCACCAACGUUAAUUCGCAGGAAGAAGCUAAGAGGACACUUUGGAAGUGCAAACGGUGUAACUUCCGUUCUUCUCACAAAGAAACUGUACUUACUCAUGUCAAAACUCAUUACGAAUCGACCGAAGAAGCCACUGAAGAAGGCGAAAAGAACGAAUUCACUUGUCCGGAUUGUCCAUACAUUAGUAAUGAUCCGACAGCCAUGGCUAUACAUCGGAUACACCAUCGUCCGAAUCUCGAGGCGAUUUUCAAGUGUUAUUUAUGUCCAUAUUAUGUCAGUACAAAAAAGGAAUUACUUGAGCAUUCGAGUCUUCACGGGGAAGAGCUUGCAGUUGUUCAUCAGAGAAGUAUCGAAUCUUUUUCGGUUGGAUCGAAACGAAAAAUGGCACAAGGGCAGUCGAAAGAUAAUGAAAAUAGUUCAAAGUCUGAACUGGCCAUCGAGGAAAUAAUAAAUUCACCAACAUCUGCGAGUUCAACAGAAAAUUCAAGUUCGGUAACGGUCAACAAGAAUAAUCCGACGAGCAACAACAAAAACAAUGGAAGCAACGAAAAUGCAAAUAUGAGCGCGCCGCCGCUUAUGCUCGAUACACGUGCUCUGCCGGACACGCCAUUGGUCUGGGUUUCCCGCACGGAUGGAACAUUGGCGAAGAUGUUGAAAUGUCGUCAUUGUCCGUACGUUUCGUCGAGACGGGUCGAAGUUCGUGAUCACGAAACAAUGCACGUGAAUUCUUCGAGCGCGGGGGGUACCUUGGUGGCAUGUCCAGAUUGUAGUUUUUCGUGUUCGCGCCGUGACGUGAUGGAAGUUCAUGCCGAAAUGCACACGGGGUCAUUAGGUACGGUGCAUUGUUUGGUUGAUGAUGGUCGUACGGACGCUGAACAGCUUGAGGAUCUUGCGACGUUGCUUGGACUCGCACGUGCGCCGGUUCUCGGGCCUGAUCCUGAUUUACGCGAUUCUCGACUGGUUUAUUGUUGCUCAAAGUGUCCAGCGCGUUUCCUCUGUGACAAAGAACUGAGAAUCCAUCUUCGUUACCAUUCAACCGAACUGGCUUAUUCGUGUGAAUGGUGUUCUUACGCAGCGAGACAACCGGCUCAUUUGUUGGCUCAUCAAAAAGCACAUUCCUCCGAGUAUCAAGAACACACACGUUAUUUGCUGUCGAUGUAUGGAAAUUCGCAGAGAUACGCACCGCCGAACACUGCUUGUGUCGAGUCGACGGAUACGAGAACGCGGGAAAGCAUGGACAAAGAUUCGAAGAACGAAGGCAACCGCAGCAAAGUCGCUUGGAUCGUCGUCGACAACACGACCAAUACUAUUUCGAACGGGUCUCAAAAUUAUUCAACCAAUAUAACUGAGAAUUCGGAAAGUCGUGGAGGACAUCAAGUGUUCACGUGUGCGAAAUGUCCCGCUCGUUAUUUCAAACUCGACGCCCUCGAAUAUCACAUGACUCUGCAUGGUUCGAACAAUUGUUUCAAGUGUACCGAGUGUGAUUACUCAUCAAAGACGGCCCAAAAUUUGAUGAAACAUCAAGUCGUUCAUCGUCGACAUGGCGAGUCAAGCGAGCCCUCCGCAAAUCGUUCGCAGCAAGAGCAAGCCCAACAACGAUCGCAAGGGGGUCAACAGGAACAAGACUUGUUGGAUCCUCAAUUAGGCGUUGCCAUUAGGGGUAAUCCGAAUUUCGUUUAUCCGGGAAGUUUAAGGAAUGGGCGUAUCAAAGAGAAGCGUUACAAGUGUCACAAAUGUCCGUCAGCUUUUGAAAAGCGUGAACAAUACAGAGUCCACCUUACGCUGCACGGAGCGAAACAACGUUAUCGUUGCGACAAGUGCGACUAUUCGGUCAAGUAUUAUGCAAAUUAUGCCCAGCACGUGAAAAAACAUCAGGCUAAUGCUCAAGCUCAAGCUGGAAAACGACAAGGCGAGUCUGAGUCGAUAAGUGUCAAUGCCGAGGGUUUAGUUAAUUCGGACACUCCGGAGAACCGGAAAACGUCAAAGAAUCGUCGAAAAUCGACGAUAUCUUCGGCACCAGCGAUACAAAACGUAAAAAAUGGCAUUUCCGCGAGUACAUCAGUGGGAUUGUUGCAGCCUUCGAAUCAGGACAAACAAUCUGUGCUCCUUAUGAAAAAGAAAGGAGCUUGUACCUCGUCCGUGGAGGAUACGAGCAAAAUGUUGCGUUGUCUAGAUUGCCCGUUCUCCAGCAGUGAUAAAGACGCGAUGGACUCACACAAACGACGUCACGGUAUCGAAAGAUUAACUCCCCCUUGCCCGCACUGCAACUACGUGCCCCGAAAAGAUGAAAACGUUGGAGAACACAUUAGAUUACAUUUUACAAGACUUUACAAACCGGAGUCUUAUCUCAUCGUCGAGUUACUCACCCUUACCAUGCGACCAUUAUUAGAUGAUAAAAAAGAUUCGAAAAUUCGUAAUAACGACAUUUUGUUUCGGGAAUGUAAAGAUGGCAAAUAUUUGCCAACUACCGAAAAUAAUUUACUGCCACCCUCAGGAUCAUCUAGCGUCAAUGGAUAUCAAGAAAAAGUAAUCGUCGAUCCGAAUACAGGUGAGACAAAGCAUCGUUAUUCCACGUAGUUUGACUCUUUGUAAAUAUAUAUUAUGUAUAUAAAUAUCGCAACUCGAAUUGUUGAAUUAUUUAUACCAUUCGAUUAUCAAAGUUGUAUCAAAUUUUUGUAGUUAAACGGAGCGUCUGUAAUGACGCACAAACAAACUGAAAAACUCAUUGACGACUAAGAACCUGACGAAACGAAGUUACCCAUUCGCCAAGACGGCGAUGAGUAAUUUGAACCCGUUCAUCGGGUCUGUCACAAAAAUAUAUAAAUCUCCUUUUCUUCCUUCUCCAUUAAAUCUAUUUCUCAUUUUUAUUAUUACUUUCUCAUCUUUCCUUCCUUAUGAAAUCUUCGUCAUUAAUCAUUCAUCAUUAGAUCAAUCGUGUGUAUGUAUAGAUAAAAAGCAUUGUGUGAUAUAUAUAAAAAUAUACAUAUAACAAUAAAAUAUCAUGCACAGCUUAUGUAUGUAAAAUAAAUUUGUUGUUGCCACUAAAACAAUUGCUCUUUUUGUCUUUUAUUUAUUUUAUUACAAAAAAUUAUUUCUUAUUGAGGGAAACUGUGUUCUGUUUUUUUUUUCUACUAAAUGCCCUAAACAUGAAUUAUUUUAUAAUCGGUACAUACGCCUGACGAUCUCGAAUUUAUAAUAGCCUAAAUCAUCUGUAUAAAAUCUAAUAACGAAUGAAUAUGUCAAAAUAAAAAGAAAAAUAGACAGCUGAA